GGGGUUGUCCACUCUCUGACCGAAAAUCAGCAACCAUUAGUAAAUCCGCGAUCGUUCAUACAACAUGCAAAAGUCGUUGAUCUGCCUGGUCGUUUUUACGUGCCUGGGUGUUGGCACCUGGGCAACGGACGGUGUAAAGGGUGGCCACCGACCGCGUUAUCCUUCAAGUGGAAGUCUACAAGGUGGCACCAACUCCACAAGCGGCCUUUGCUACAAAACAGUGCCAUACAGUCAUGUCCUAGCUCUGAAUUCCAGUGGAUCACCUUAUAACACCAUUCCCCAGCCACCUGAAGGCAGUCACGUUAGUAACAACGGUUGGAUCACCAUCUUGGACUGUUGCGACGGUUACCAGCGCAACGUGACGACCGGCCGAUGCGAGCCGCGUUGCGAUCUCGGCUGUUUCGGCGGCCACUGCACCGGGCCGAAUAUCUGCAGCUGCCAACAGGGAUGGCGCGCCGAAGAGGGUGUCUGUAUGCCCGUCUGCACGUACCGGUGCCAAGAGAACGCCUACUGCUUCUCCCCCGAGGUGUGCGUGUGCAAGCUAGGUUACGACGAGGUCAACGGCGAGUGCAAACCGAUCUGUCCUGACGGAUGCAGAAACGGUGAAUGCGUGGCACCGCGCGUCUGCAGGUGCAGGCCAGGAUUCGUUCUGAAUGACCGCAAGGAGUGCGUGGCCGCAUGUGAGGGUGGCUGCGAGCACGGCGAGUGCACCGCGCCGGGUGUAUGCACCUGUCACCAAGGGUACACAAAUCCUCCCAACGACCGCGAGUCCUGCAUUCCUCACUGCCCACGUGGUUGCUUCGGCGGCCAAUGCGUCUCACCGGGUCAGUGCAACUGCAGACCAGGCCACACGCUGGACCAGAACGGUAGAUGCACACAGUCCAUAUCGGGCGAGUCGCAGUGCGGUCACGGAUACGUGAUGGACCCCGUCACCAGCAGUUGCGUCCCCGCGACCAGCCCGUCGCCGCAACCCGGAGACUGCAGAUAUGGCUGCGGCGCGCACGGCGUUUGCGUCGGACACAACCGCUGCUCCUGCUCGCCAGGAUACAGCAACGAGCCUGAUACCGGUAGAUGCGUCCCCGUCAACCCGUCCGUCAACUCUACGGCGCACUGCGCUCACGACUGCGGCCCGAACGCCCGGUGUGCUGGACCGAACGCGUGCGUCUGCGAUUCAGGCUUCUUCAACGAUCCCUACACCGGUAGGUGCGUCCGCUACGAGGGCGAAGUCACGGACACGAUGUGCCAAUACCCGUGUUUAAAUGGCCAAUGCACCGGACCGAACGAGUGCACCUGCAACCGCGGGUACAUACUCGACGUGAGAGACUUCAGGCGCUCUAAGUGCUUGCCAGUGUGCGCCGGCGGCUGCCUCAACGGCGUGUGCACUAUGCCGAAUUAUUGCCUCUGCAACCCCGGAUAUCGAAAGGAGAGUGGGGUCAAGGGCCGUCAGAGGUGCAUCCCGCAGGAGUAAACGCUGCUCUCUUCAGAUUCAAUACUGAGUACAUCAAGCACGAUCGCGCUGAGUUUGACGUGAGACGUGAAUAACUCCAGGCAUUGUAAUCAACGUGAAUUGUAUAA